ACGAAUUUUUGGAAAGUUCUAUUUCUCGAAGACAAAAUGAAGGGAUUAUUUUUCAUCACCAUUGCCGCGUAUAUGGCCUACGUCGUAUAUGCUCAAGAGCCAGCCGUUAAUUGCCCGCCAUACGACCAAAACUCAGAUGGGCCACUCCUUGUUCCUCACCCGUGCAAUUGCAGCGCUUACUACGUCUGCUUCUCACCUGUAAAUAUUCCCAUGCCAUGCCCUGUGGGUCUUCAAUUCAACGACGCCACGAAGAGAUGCGAUUGGCCAUGGAUUGUAAAAUGCAGGCCUCAUGUUAAUUGCCCGAAUGCCAAGAUCCAAGAUGCAGUAGAGCCUCACGAAGAAGUAUAUCGAGAAGAAGACGAAGUAGUAGCCCAGGAAGAACAGGGAGAAGUAUUACGGGAACAAAGAGGAAGACUGUCUGCUGCCUUUUUCCACUAAGAAGUAUCCUAAAUCUACUUUUCUACACAUAAUGUGUUUAAUGUUGUAAUAUGUACGUCAAAUCAGUAAUUUAAAUGUCAUUUAUGUUAUAUCUACAUAUGAUAUAAAUUAAAAGUUUUUACACAACAUAUCUUUUUUAUUUUGAGCUUGGAAAACCUUUCAUGCACCACGUGCCUUAAUAAUGAAAAAUCAUUAUGCAUUUAGUAAUUAGUAAAAUAGGGAUUAGGCUCAGUUUGAGGAUGAGGAUUCCAUUUUUACUGUAAAGUUGCAGCAAUGUUUAUUAGUGCGAUAGAGUAUUAAAAUUAGAGGAUUUUUACUUUUCAAUCGUCUUCGAAUCUCUAAGGAACCAAUAUGAUCAAAUGGAACUUGUUAUCUGAAUCCAACUGAUGAAGUGAAUCAUCUUACAACUAUGUUUCGAUAAUACCUAUUGUUUUUAUAACUUGUUUACCUAUUUUUUAUAUUAAGAUUCUAAUUCAAUUUCGAUUAUUUCAAUUCAAAUUAUUUGUUUCUCUAAAAUACAGAAAAAGCGACAUAAAAUGUGUUAUAUCAUAAAUAGAAAUUAAAUGAGCUAUACAGAGCUGAACAUAAAACAAAAAUUUAAUUAUCUUGUUCUUUAUCGUGUACUAUAACUAUAUAUUAAUAGUGUUUGUAAGUGUUUAUAGCUAACAAAUUCUUACUCGAUAAAGAAAUACUUGAGAUAUAACGAUAAUUUGUUGAAAAUUUUGAUGACAUCAUUUGGAAAAUUUCGCAAUUCCUAUCAUGAUUCUUGUCGAUUUUAAUAGAAUAGAUUAUAUUAGUCAUCUGAUAUUCUGGAAAUUAAUUAAUUAACUCUAGAAUAUAAAUGAAGUCACCUAAUCCAGAUGAAACUCUAUAGGAUGAAUCUAACCUUGGAAGACUAAUACUUCCGAACUAUUUUGAAUUGUUGAAAAGAAAUUAAUGGACAAAUUUUUUUUUUAAAUAUAGUUUUCCUUUUCUCUAGCCCUG